AUGGCCGCCAAACCAGGAGUGUUCCAGUUUCCCGGUGUCCAACUCCCAGAAGACAUCGCAUACAUGUUGGCCGUCAACCACAAGUAUAUUCUACACGCUAAACCACAGGUACAUGAUGUAGCCGCAGCAAAAGAUAGAUUCGCAAGAACUGUCAGAAUCCGCUGGCAAUUCCGAAACAAUACAUCAAACAAGGAGUACAUACCCAAGUUUCAUGUCCCAAACCCUUUCUGGGAACCGCAAAAAGCUUCAUCAGCAAUUGAACUAGGCUUGGACAAUGCCAUGGAAGAGAUCGACCGACAAGUCAGUCGCGCUCUUGCGACCAUGGCAACUCAAAGCCCCAACCAUGGAAACAUGAAUUGGACAAGGGUUCAACAGUUCCUAAACGAUAAUGAUCUUUUAGUGAAACUUACAGAUAAAAAUCUGGGACUAGCGGUCUUUCAAAAGGAAUGGUACAUACAAGAAAUCCACAAGAUGCUGGGAUCAAAUAAGGCAUACAAAAUAGCCAGUGAUCUCGACAUGGAACAACUCCUCGACACACUAUAUGGUCAGCUCCAAAGAUGGAAGCUUCCUAAAAACAUGACACGGUUUAUCCGCGAAAAAACAGCGUCAAAGAUCCCCGAGUUCCAUGCGAUUCCCAAGGUACACAAAAUGCCUUGGGCGCUGCGCCCGAUCGUACCCUCACACUCGUGGGUAACAAGUAGGGUCUCGGAAGUCGUGGACCAUUUGUGUCGUCCUAUUUUGGACAAACUGCCGUGGGUUGUUGAUUCAUCAAAGAAGGUGAUCAACAACUUGUCCAAAAUAAGGAUAGAAUCUGACAAUGUAUGGAUUUGCACCGGAGAUGUCGUUGCAUUUUAUACCAACAUUAAUGCCCGGGCAUGCUGCAAGGUAGUAUGCGGAGCAUGGCAUAGAUAUGCGUCAGAUUCGAAAAUUCCUACCGAAACGAUCAGUCAGAUGAUCAAAUUCGUAAUGGAAAACAAUUACUUCUCGUUCCAAGAUCAAGUAUGGAAACAGCUCGAUGGACUAGCCAUGGGAACCUCGUGCGCACCCCUUUUGGCAAACAUCUACGCUGCUUACUAUGAAAGGAAGCGUCAAUUAGUGUAUCAACCAGGGGUACGGUUAUACAAUCGCUACAUUGACGACAUACUUGUCAUCUUUGAAGGAACAAGGAAAGAGUUGAUGCACUUCCUUAACCAAGUUAAGCUUGGCCCCCUAACCAUCAACUGGGACGUUUCAUUAUUGAAGAAGGAAUUUCUGGAUAUUGAAAUCCUGAAAUCUCGAGACCAGUCUGGCCCAAAGUUGGUUACCAGACUCUUCAAGAAACAAAUGAACCGUCACCUAUAUAUUCCCUGGUCGUCAGCUCACCCCCUUCAUGUGAAGAAAGCCUUCGUCAAGGCAGAGCUCAUACGAUUUGCCAUAAUAAGCUCCGAAGUCGAGUACUUUGCAGAUGCUCGCUCACAAUUUUAUGGUAACUUGAGAAGGAGAGGGUAUCCUUCCCAGGUGCUGGAAAACUGGUUUAAACAAGUGUCAUACGAACAGCGGGCAAUAUUCUUAAGUCCCAAAGAAGACAAAGAAAUGGUUGCACCAUUAAUGCUGUCGGGCCGGUACAACCCAGUAUGGGAAUAUAUAAACGUCGACGAGAUCCUUCGAUCAGCAAGAGAGGGCUGGAAUCUGGAAAGGAACUUACCAGAAACCCUCCAACAACCUCUGAUUCGAAGUCUCAGCAGACAUACUAGUCUCUUUGACUUACUGUCUGCCUGGAACAAGACGAUACUGCACACUGAUAUGUUAAGUGACGAAACUGACGGCGAAUAA